AUGGCACAUUGUUGGAAAACAGAUAUAAAUCCCAGUGAAUCACAGGAACAGCAUGAGCACCAAGAAUUUCACUCUAUCAAUCAACUCCUUUUUCCUAGUCAAAUCACUCUUGGUUUUGAACAACUAGCAUGUGAGAGCAGCAAUACAAUUCCACUUUAUCAGAAUGAAACUGAAGAAAACAUCCUUUUUGUUCCUACUUCUCCGAGACGGGACUCAAAAGGGCAUUCAUUAGAUGAAAUACGCCAAACAGCCGUCAAUGAAUUCACUUCACUAAGCCCAGAAGUCUGCUGUCACCAAGUUAGGAAAACACCUGUAAUUGGUUUUAGGCCAUGUGUGCUACCAAAUCCUCAAAACAUAAAUAAAGAAAGCUGUUGGAGAAAUCCCACAGGAAAGUACCAUAGUGCUGAAGAUUACAGAGUCAACCUUUUAGCUCCACCAUCCAUUAGUCUGGAAAAAAUUAACUCACAGAGAGAACAGGAAAAUGAAAAUCAUAACUACCAUAUUGGAUUUGAAAGCAGCAUUCCUUCUAUAUAUCCAUCCCUCUCAAAUGACUUCAUGCCAAAAGAAGAGAAGACAAGCAGUGAAAACAGAAACCCUGCAGAACCUUCUCUGAUGUGCUCUAAAGGGUCUCUGUUACCCAGAACAUGGGAAAGCACAUGGCCAAACAAUACAGAGCACAAAGGUGUGAACAGUCCAAAAUUCCUACACACCUCUCACCUCAUCCCCUCCCUGUAUAAAUUCUUCUCAUGUUUUUCUUGCUUUCUGCUGACUCAUUUUCCUUGCUUUGUCAGAAUGAUAUUUGCUAAUUAUCUGGUCAAAGACUUAAUUGCAGAAGCUCUACAUUUUUGCACAAAUGACCAGUUAUCCCCCAAAGAUCAUCUUCUCAGCAUAUGUGGCUGUGAAGAGUUUUUACAGAAUGAUCACUCUUUGGGGAGUCACAAAAUAUUUCAGAAAGAUAAAUCUUUUAUUCAACUUCACUUGCAGAAAAAUGGGGGAGCUCCAGGAAAACUAUCUCGGAAGCAUGAAGAUGACCACAGUCAGUUUGAUCUGAACCAACUUCUAGAAUUUAUGCAUAUUUGGAAAGCAUCCAGACAGUGCCUCUUGACAGUAAUCAAAAAAUAUAACUUACAUCUGAAAUAUCUACUGGAAAUCCAGAAAGAUACACCUGAGAAAGAUUUGUCACCAAUCUUCUCCAAUGUUCACAACACUUUUGAGAAAAACGUGGAUAAUAUUUUUGAAGACGUUAAAAAUAUAUGCAGUGUUCUGGGGAGUGUGGAAACUAAACAAAUUACAGAUGCUGUACAUGAAUUAAAUCUAAUUCUUCAGAGAAAAGCAGAGAAUUUCUAUCAAAGUUCAGAGACUUCAGUGAAAGACUUGAUAAAGAAAGUGACAACUGCACUGUCCACAUCCAUCCACUGGUUAAUUGAUAUCUAUUGCAACAGCUUUUGUGCAGAUUUCCAGCUUCUACAUGCACCUGUUAGCAUUCCCUGUGUAAAUCCUGGGCUGCAUUCCCAUCUCAGUUUCACAGUGUAUGCAGCCCACAACAUUCCAGAGACCUGGGUGCAUAGCUAUAAAGCAUUUUCAUUUUCCUGUUGGCUUACAUAUGCUGGAAAGAAGCUGUGCCAAGUGAGAAACUGCAGAAACAUUCCAGUCAAAAAGUUAUUCUUUUUCUUGGUUAACUGGAAUGAAAUGAUCAAUUUUCCUCUUGAAUUAAAGUCACUUCCAAGGGAAUCCAUGCUGACAAUAAAACUGUUUGGAAUUAACUGUGCAACCAACAAUGCAGAUUUAUUGGCCUGGACCUGUUUCCCAUUGUUUCCAAAGGACAAAUCUAUUCGUGGGUCAAUGCUAUUCAGCAUGACAUUACAGAGUGAGCCCCUCAGAGAAAUGAUAGCUCCAGGAGUGUGGGAUGCAAGUCAGCCAUCCCCAUUGACCCUGCAGAUCGAUUUUCCAACGAACAAAUGGGAGUAUGUGAACCUUGAUUCUGAAGAGAAUAGAAGCAAUCUGGAAGAACCACCAAAAGAGUGUUUAAAACAUAUUGCCAAACUUUCACAGAAACAGUCUCCCAUACUACUCUCUGAGGAAAAGAGAAGAUACCUGUGGUAUUAUCGCUUCUACUGUAAUAAUGAAAACUGCUCCCUUCCUUUGGUCCUGGGUAGUGCCCCAGGAUGGGAUGAAAACACAGUGUCAGAAAUGCAUGCCAUUUUGAAAAGAUGGAAAUUUUCUCAUCCUUUGGAAGCACUUGGGCUUUUGACAUCCAGUUUUCCAGAUCAAGAAAUUCGUGAAGUGGCAGUUCAGCAAUUAAACAACCUGUUGAAUGAUGAACUACUGGAAUAUCUCCCACAACUGGUUCAGGCAUUUAAGUUUGAAUGGAACCUUGAAAGUCCUCUGGUGCAACUCCUAUUACAUCGUUCAUUGAAAAGCAUCCAGAUAGCCCAUCGACUCUACUGGCUGCUAAAGGAUGCACAGAAUGAAACUUAUUUUAAAAGCUGGUAUCAGAAGCUGUUGGCUGCUGUCCAAUUCUGUGCGGGAAAAGCCUUAAGUGAUGAGUUUUCCAAGGAGAGGAAACUUAUCAAAAUUCUAGGGGACAUCGGUGAAAAAGUCAAGUCUUCCAUUGACCCUCAAAGACAGGAGGUACUGAAGAAAGAGACUGGUAGAUUAGAAGAAUUUUUUCAGUAUAUUAAUACCUGCCACCUUCCUCUGAACCCUGCCCUAUGCAUAAAAGGGAUUGAUCGUGAUGCAUGUUCAUAUUUUACAUCCAAUGCUCUGCCAUUGAAGAUAACUUUCAUCAAUGCUAAUCCAAUGGGCAAAAACAUCAGUGUUAUUUUUAAGGCUGGAGAUGAUCUUCGUCAGGAUAUGCUUGUUCUACAGAUUGUUCAAGUGAUGGACAAUAUUUGGCUGCAAGAGGGCCUGGACAUGCAAAUGAUCAUUUAUAGAUGUCUAUCCACAGGAAAAGGCCAAGGAUUGGUGGAGAUGGUGCCAGAUGCUGUUACCCUAGCAAAGAUCCAUCGCCAUUCUGGACUGAUUGGACCAUUGAAAGAAAAUACAAUCAAAAAGUGGUUCAGUCACCAUAACCACUUAAAGGUGGAUUAUGAAAAGGCCUUGAAGAACUUUUUCUAUUCCUGUGCUGGCUGGUGUGUAGUAACGUUCAUCUUGGGAGUCUGUGACCGCCACAAUGAUAAUAUAAUGCUGACAAAGUCAGGCCACAUGUUUCAUAUUGACUUUGGAAAAUUCUUGGGCCAUGCACAAACAUUUGGAGGGAUAAAAAGGGACCGAGCCCCCUUUAUUUUUACAUCAGAGAUGGAGUAUUUCAUUACAGAAGGUGGGAAAAAACCACAGCAUUUCCAAGAUUUUGUGGAGCUUUGCUGUCGAGCUUAUAACAUUGUCAGAAAGCACAGCCAACUGCUCUUGAACCUUCUGGAAAUGAUGCUACAUGCAGGAUUACCUGAGCUUAAUGGAAUCCAGGACCUGAAAUAUGUGUACAGUAAUCUUCGACCACAAGACACAGACUUGGAAGCAACAAGUUAUUUUACCAAGAAGAUAAAGGAAAGCCUGGAGUGUUUCCCUGUUAAAUUAAACAAUUUGAUCCACAUACUGGCACAAAUGUCAGCCAUAAGCCAUGCCAAAUCUACUUCACAGACCUUUCCCCAGGAAUCCUUUUCGCCGAGUGCAACAAGGUCAAUUCUAAGAGCAACAAUUUUAGGGCUCAGCAAGAAAACCAGUAAUCUAUAUCUUAUCCAGGUGACACACAGCAACAAUGAAAGAAGUUUGACAGAAAAAUCAUUUGACCAGUUUUCAAAACUUCACAGCCACCUUCAGAAGCAGUUUGCAUCUUUGAUUCUCCCAGAGUUUCCUCAUUGGUGGCACUUACCUUUUACAAAUUCAGAUCAUAAAAGAUUCAGAGAUCUAAACCAUUACAUGGAACAGAUAUUAAAUGGACCAUAUGAAGUUGCAAAUAGUGAUUAUGUACUUAGUUUUUUUCUUUCUGAGCCUCUGCAACAAACAAUUGACUCACCACCUGUGGACCUAGGUGAGAAGUUUCCUGACAAGAAGCCUAAAGUGCAAUUAGUCAUAUCAUAUGAGGAGGAGAAGCUGACCAUACUAGUGAAACACAUGAAAAACAUUCAUCUCCCAGAUGGCUCUGUGCCUAGUGCACAUGUCGAAUUUUAUCUUUUACCAUAUCCCAGUGAAGUUCGUAGGAGGAAAACAAAAUCUGUUCCAAAAUGUACUGACCCCACUUACAAUGAAAUUGUGGUAUAUGAUGAGGUCACAGAGCUCCAAGGACAUGUCUUAAUGAUAAUUGUAAAGAGCAAAACUACAUUUGUGGGAGCAAUUAACAUCCAACUCUGUAAUGUCCUGCUCAAUGAAGAAAAAUGGUAUCCGCUAGGAAACAGUAUAAUUUGACCAUUGCU